UGGAAUUAUGAAAACGAUUACAAGCCAACAAGUAAUUAAAACUCAAAAUCCUAAUUCCCAAACUUAUUUUGCUGCUCCUAUUGAAACGAAAUUAGUUUCAGCAUAUAUACACUAGCAAGACACAAGGUAUUCUAGCGAUUAUGAGUAGCAACUUAUUGCUUCGUUUCUUUUACGCUAUUGUAGAAUAUAGAUAGAUCUAUACUCUGGUCAUCUUUCAUGUUUUCUUAAUUCAUCAUUCUUUAAACAGUAAAAAUAUCUAGAGAGUUUUGCUAAGUCCUAUAAAAGCACAUAUGUUAUUGCAUUCUACUUCUACUAAUGACUUUUACAUGACAUAUAAAAAGUACCAAAAAUUAACCGAAUCGCACUGAUAUCGAAGAGAAACCGAUAUCACUCAGACGGUUUUGAAAAAUUUAAUUUUGGUUAUACAUAAUAGAAUAAUCAAAAAAAAUUAAUAUGAUACAAAUUUUAUAAAAUAACUGGGUGAACCAAACCAAAUCAUUGACACCCCUAGGUAUAUGCACUCAUGCUCCCUCCUUAGGCUAUAUAAACAGUAUCGAUUUUAAAAUUAUUUAUAUAAAUAUAUUUGUGGCCACCAUGGUCAAUUGAUUACUUUGGUGCACUGGUAAAUUGGUAGGGGUGGAUUUAUGCGGAGCCUCCCUAGCCUAUAUAUAAAAAGUAUAAAUUUUAAAAUUGACUACCUUGGUGCACUGGUAAACGUUAUUUUUAAAUUAAUUUUCUUUUAAAAAUGUUCCUUCUGCGUAACUUUUUAAGGGGGCAUUUGGGUAUAAUCGAUCAAACAAUCAAACCCCUAGAAACAAAAUACACUGUCUGUCUGUCUCCCUCCCUCUCAACUCUCUUUCUCACUCUCUCGGCUGUAUGCGACUGUGGAUUCUUCAAGAAAGCAGCAAUUUCUUCUCUUUCCUUUAAAAUUCUUAGGGUCACACACCGGAAAUCCUUACCGGCAAAACCCAACUUGAACUCCGCUAAGCAACCGGCGACCUCAAAGCUUCUCCUUCGUCCCUCGGCACUCUUUUCAGAGAUCAAUGGACGACUCAAUGAAACAAUUGCAAGAAAAGCUUAUUGAGGUUGAAAUAGAAGCUGAAAAUCUUUUAUUAGCUCGGCAACAGUUAAUUGAAAAUGAUAGAGUGAGGAAUGGGAACAGGGAAGCAUUAACUGCACUAAGGAGGAGGGCCAAGACGACAAAAACUAGCGUUCCUACACCGUUUGAGUCACUAAUGAGGGAUGUUGAAUCAAGACUACUGGUGAAAGAGGUUUGUUCAACCUGUGGUAAUCACGAUUCAAAGGAGAAGACUUGGGUCAUGUUCCCGGGAGCUGAUGUAUUUGCUAAUAUACCAUUUCAUGCUGCUCAUACCAUUCUGGAGAAAGAUCAAACUCUACUUGAUUACGAAGCGAAGAAACUCCAGAGCUUUGUAAAGGAGAAGUCUUUAUGGAUAUCGGAUCAAGGAGUUCUUGCAGAUAGUAUUAAUCCAGAUGUCCUCAGAUCUAUGGUGACUUUAACUGACAAACCAAAGACCGAGCAGAAUGAGUAAUCAACAAGUGUAAUAAAUAUUGCAUAUGAAGCAUAUAGCAAGAGAGACUCUUCAGGUGCUUUCAGCAAUUGAAGACCUAAUCUAAAACUGUGAGCAGCAAUAUUCUUAACGGUAGUGUUAGCAAUGUAGCUAGCUGGAGAAAUUUUGAGUGGAGUUUAGUCAGUUUGUUUAUCUUCCUGCCGGGGAAUUCUUCUGGUGAUUAUCUAAUGUCUAGACUUCUGAGCAACCGCCAAGAGAGUGCUUCUGGUUCUGCAUUACAGAAGGGGCAAAACAUAAGUUAUUCAGACUUGCUUCACACUUGGGUGAAAAUAUCAAUGUCAAUGUGCUGCUAACGGUUGUCAAGAUUGUAUGGUUCACUUCGGGAAAAUGAGCAGAAUUUGAUUAGCGCCUCCUCUUUUUUCCUCUACAGCUCAAAAUCAUGUAUAAGUUACCUGAAAGAUACAAACUAUAUUAUCUCAGUUUCGUUAAUAUAAGACUGUAGGAUGAUAGAUAGCACAUAGACUUAUUUUGGAGUUUGUGCAUGUGACUUUGCUGUUCUUCUCGCUAGUGCAUGCAUAACAUCAAUUGGCCGUUUCUAUUUCUCUACUUUGGCAGAGAAAGGGGAUUAGAUAGAAAAAUAAGGUAUCUAGGGUCCUCUUUUUAUGGUCAUUGUAACAUGAUUUUUCCUAGAUUAUAUGCUUUUGGAUAAGUCUAUAUUUUGGAGAACUUUGGUA